CCGUUUCGUAUUCACACCUUGUAAGUAGUGCCGCGACUAAUUCAUCGUUACCGCCGUGCCCCUCUCACCUACGUUUCUCCGCAGAAGUAGGACUUGACUUACACGACUAAGGCAAAGCAACACAACGUACUCGACCACCCAUGUUUGGUGCGAAGACGCCGAUGGCGCUGAAGGGCUUGCAGCAGGAAGCGGAAGACAUGUUCUCGGAUGAGGGCGGAAACAAGUCGCCGCGCGGGGCGGCCCCGCGCAAUGAAGGGAGCGGCAAGGACGGGAGCGCCAGCGACAACGAAAGGCGGUCGAGGAGGUCCAAACGGUCCAAGCGCCCCCCCUCCAGCUCGGGCAGUGACUCCGAUGGCGGCGCCCGGAGGGGGGAAGCCGAGCAGGACUGCAUGGACCAGACUCUCUGCACCCUGGCCGGCUGCAAGAUCACGGGUUUCUGGACGGGGGUCAUUGUGGGUUCGGUGAUGCUGGUGACCAUCGUUAUCGUAAUUAUCGUCUGCACGCGCGGAUCCGAAAAGGAGGAGGAGGACGACGAAUCGGAGGGCAGCGGCUUCCUGCAAAAUGUCGGACUUCUCGGAAGACGAGGCGCAGCCGCCCUGGGGACGACGGGCGACAGCGCGAAGCCGUUUUCGCACCCUAGGCUCCGGGGGUCGAAGGCCGCGCGCUCGGCCGCCUUCGCGGGUUCGGAAUUUGUGGAGGUGUGGAGCAGUCCCAAAGACGUGAUUAAGUUGUAAAGGACCCAUUUUUCGACGCUCGAGUUGAUGCAGUUUUUCGGAUAGGAGCACGCAGUUUUAUUGUCCAACGUAGAUUGUGAAUGUUGAUUGUCUUUGAAGAUUUUUAAUUUUAGUGUUACGUAUUUUUUCAGGCAUGGCAUUUUUCUUCAUUUUUUCCCCAACUCUUCUCAUUUGUAAUUAACGAUAACGACCCCGCCUCUCUUGGCACUAGCUGUAACUUUUUACUCUUUAACUUUUUGAUGUUUGUCGCAUAAUUUUGCUCUCCCCCACUGGCAUUUUGAAGAAUUAACGAGAAAGAGCUAAGUACACUAUACCUUUCAGUUCGUUGUUGUCAGCACUGAUGAAGAAGUCUUUUUUUACAGUAUGGACCUGCCAGACUUUCCAGCCCGCGAGUGUUGCGCCGUCCGUCAAAGAUCAUGGCCAUACAGCGCAUAGGAGGCGACACAUAUGAGUAACGGCCAAGGCAGCGAGUGCUUGAUUUUUUUUGCGCUGGUAACACGACGCACCAUUCUCGGGAGGCAGGGAAAAGAAUCAAUUGUUUUACGUACACGAUCACGAACAAAGCAUGUGGACAUGAAAAAGUAUAUAGUUUCGCGCACCCGGUCGUUCCCUUCGCCGAUUUUUCGCUCGCUUACCCGAUUUCUUUGGUAGGUUCGACGUAUACUCGAAAACAAUUUUCGGUCACAGAGAAGUCAUUUCAGAUUUCCUUUCAUCGUGAUUUCUUCAGUUUUGAAGAAUAUAGAUUGCUUUCGGUACUGCCACCUUCGUCAUUGCGAACAGUCAUUGCGAAUCUGUUCGUCUCAGCUUCGAGUUCGGUUCUUGUUUCGCUUUCAACUUUAAACAAAACGUCGGUGCCAUGCGGUUGCUUUGUCAUGUUCGGUUCCGCUGUUUCGUAAUGUACACGGUUAGUAGUUCUGAUAUAAGUGUCCGGAUAUUGUCGAACUUUCCGAAUCCCGACAAUCAUGCUGACCCAAUUAACCUGCCAGAAGUACUAAAAUUCCCCGGUUUGAAAAUUAAUGGAGAAAAAAAGACUGUUGCUGUUCCCAAUCCCAUCAAUUAUGUCUAUAUUCCCCCUUUAUUUUUGAAGAGCCUCCUGCUCCACCUAAAGAAGUUUUUCUUUCUUUUUUCGUAUGCCGCAGCGGCAGCCCCACGGAUUCACUACUUGAAAUGGCACGACGUAAUAAGCUUCUCCCUUCGUUCGGAAAAUAAAAGCUGCACUCGAUAA